AUAUACAUUCCUUAUUAAGAAUAUAAAAUGCUUGUUUCUUAUUGUUUCAAUGUGAUUGCAUAGAAGAUUCUUUGGAUUCUGAACAAUUUGAUGGUACCUUAACCAAAAUUUGAGAGAGGUUUCUAAUGCCUCAUACUCAGCACCUUCAUGAUGGAAUUCCUAUUGCAUAAGCUUUGAGCAGGAAAACCACUGCUGAUAUCAGAGAGUUUGGAAGGCAGAUAUACUUGUGGAAACUUGAGGGUGGUUAAAAAAAAAGUGUGGUCCUUGCUUAUUCCUACAACCUUGGUCUCUAUAUUAAUAUACUAGGGCUCUGAACCCUUUUUUUUCCUCUUCCCUUCCUGUUAUUUCAGACUGUUAUUUUCUAUGAGGACUUCUUUUCUCCUAAUGUCCAUAUGUACGUUUCAUUUCUAGGUAGGAGAAUGUCAGUAUAAUUGAUGGUAUGUCCUGCUAAGUGUAAGGGAGCACUUUAUCAAUCACAGAUCAUUUUUUAGUCCUAGUGUACUGGUGUAUACAUGAUUUCUUGCUGAACUCCCAAGUAUUUUUUAACUUAUUUUAUAUUUUCUUCAGAGGUAUCAAACAGCCUGGAAAUUUACAUUGUUGUAACAUGCCAUUACAACAAAACAAUCUGUCUAAUAGAGUUGCUUAAAAUAAAUUUUUUAAUUAAUAAAAUGUUUUUAUUUUUAACAUUUCAGUUUUUCUUAAAAUACUUGGGAAAAUACUCUAGUAGUCCUGAAACCUUGGUUCAGAAAUACUUAUUUGAAUGGUUCCUCCUCUUUAAGCCUGGAAGAUGAUCUUAAAUGAUGAUUUUUUUUUUUACAACAACAUUGAAAUUUGUUUUGAAAACAAUUCCUGCUGAAAGUCAAGGGAACAGUCUCCUUUAUCUAAUUUGCUCUGAUGAGACCCAUAUUGUAGGUUAUUCUAAUUUGUGACUUUUUACACAUUUCAGACUAACAAAGCAUGAUUAGCAUUUCCUAACCUUUUCUAGUAUUUUACAUCACAUUUGCAUGUGUACAAUCUGCCAAGCUCCAAAAUUUUUUGGCUGGAAGGCAUUAUGGUGUAAUGAGAGAGGAUAAAUACAUUUGCCUCACUUUUAAACUGCUUUUUGUCCAUACUCAUUCUUUAGCCAUAUUGUAUAAAAAUAUAGUACACAUAUGAGUGAUCUUUUCUGCCCAGCUUGGUAGGAAAUUGGUUGUUAAUAAGUGGUGAAACAGACAUCUGAACACUCUCCUAUACUACCUCAUUGCAUUACAUCUUUAGAUGUUAUGUGUAGAAAUGUAAAUAUUACAAUCAAUUGAGGCAAAAGAGGGCAAGAGAAGUAGCAUUAACUGAGCAUCUACUGUCUCUUGGUGAAUCCUUUUAAUUAUAACAUCCCUGUGGGUGGAUAUUAUAUGCAUCUUACAAAUGAAGAAACUGAGCCUCAAAAUAUUAAGUAACUUACCCAACUUCAAAUAACUAUACCAGUAAAUGACAGAGCAGAGAUUUAAACAUGCUGGCCAGCCUCAGAACACAUGUUUUUUUUUUUUCUAUUUGUUUCUUAAAAUUAGAGAAAUAUAUUUUCUUGUUUAAUAGGUGCUAUUACUCGAAGUUCAGGAACUGUAGAAAGUACAAUAUUGAGUCAGACUGAUGAUCCAUGUAGCCUAAACUCUAAUGAAACCAAGGAUCAUGUUUCAAAAGGGAAACUUCUUAACUAUAAAAGUAACUUUAUGCUCAUUUUUAAUAGAUAAUAUUUGAAUCCUUGUUUUGAUGAAAUGAUACGAAAGAUUCAUUGAAAUAAAGGUGCUUUUUUGGUAGAAAAAGCUUUGUCAAGUUUCACCGGUAUGUAGGACAACAUUGGCUUUCAUAUUUUCUUGCUUUUAAAAUUAAGUUCUAAAUUUUAAAUCUUUGUUAAACUCAGAAAAAAGUAGAUAUUUUUACAAAAAUUACAGCAUAAAAUGCCUUUUAGAUUGUUUAACUUAAUUUUUUUCUUAGAUUGCUUUGUUAUUAUAUACUGUACUGUUAAUUACCUGGGUGGGUAGUUCAGAAAAGAAAGUAUAUUAUAAAAUUUGAGAUGGCAUGUAACUGAAAAUACUGAAGCGGCUGAUUGACAGAUUUGGAAUCCAGUGUAUAGAGACAGUAGCAAUGGGUCAGAGCUGGAAAAAGAUGAAUUAAAAAUUUUAAAUAAGGCCUUAUUCUUGGGACUAAGAGUAACAACAGGUACAGGAUAGAGGAUGCAGGGCUUGGUUGCAGUGUACGUAAAGAAGACAAGGAUUAAUCAGCAGAAAAUUUAUAUGAGUCAGCAUUGUGUUGUGGCCAUUCCAGAAAUAAUGCAUGUGCCCUUUACUCUGCAUUGGUUGUUAUCAGGAUUGGAAUGUUAAUUGCAUGCGAUUCCACACACCAACCUUUAAGAUAAAUUGGAGUGUGUUCAGAAAAGGUGAUGAUGAGUCUCAUCUAUCUUAAAGGAAUGUUUAAAGGAACUUGAGUUCUCUAGAAAAGAUAAGACUGAGGGUGGUUUAUAGUCAGGGGAUGUAGAUUUAUUUUCUGUAACUUUGCAGAUAGUGUACAGACAAGAGAAUUUGUGGCUGAGGAAAAUCACUAUAUAAUGAAGAAUUUUAUAAGAGGCAGUACUUUUUCUGAGAUAGUAUAGUAGACUGCCAGGUGAGGUAGUAUUCUUGUCCUGAUAGUAUUCAAGUAUAAGCGAGGUCAAGGUAGAAAGGAUUGACACAUAUGAUAUGUAGUUGGAACAGAAGACUUUCAAGAUCCCUUACCAAUCCUAAGCUGUUUUUAUUUCAAGAUCAAAAGCACUUUAUGGAGUAUGAUUUUAUCCUCAUGAAGCUACCUCACCUAAAUAAUAGUGCUUUGCAUUGGCACAGCUCUUUACAGUUUAUAUAAUGCUUUCUCAUGAGUUAUCUUACUUUUGAGCCUAAUAAUAACCCUUUGGGUAGACAGGGCAGGUAUCUCCAUUUUGAACAGAUAAAGUAAUAGGCUAAGAGAAAAUCUGAAUCAUCCAAUAUCAUAAAGCGGCAGACUUAGGCUCUACCCUGGUCUAUGAAUUCCAAGUUCAGUACCGUUUCUACUGUACCAGUUUGCUUUGAAAGUAAGUUGUAAAUUGUGAUGCUUCUUUUGCAUAUAUUGAAAUUGCAAGGAGCAGAUGGUUCUUAAGUUUUAUUCCCAUGGAAAAUGUAAGUGUAGCUCAAGUUAGACCAAGGGUUCUCAAAACUAACUGAUGGAGAGUCAUUGAGCAGAUCUGUGUUAUAGAAAGAUACCUGUUUACAAUGAUUGAGAAAAUCUAGUUUGGGCUACUAGAUGAAUAAUGGUGCCAUUCACUAAGAUAGCAAAUAUAGGAGAGGGAGCAGCUUGGUGAGCCACAGGUGAGGUGAUUGAAUUUUGGACAUAAUAAAAAUAGCUAAUAUUGUUUACUAAGUACCAGGCACUAUGCUUAGAGUUUUAUAUCACUUAUCUCAUUUAGUCUUCACAACAACCUUCUGAAGAUAAGACUUCUUAAUUCUCAUUUUUCAUAUGAUGAUACUGAGGCUUAGAUAGUUAAAAAACCUGUUCAAGGCGUCAUAAUUAGUAGUGUAAGAGCAGGAAUUUGAAUCUCCAUGUCUUAACUCCAAAGCCAGUGUUCUUAAGAACUAGUUUAAGGCUUUUUUGAAAUAUUUGGAUAAAAACAACCAGUAGUCAGUUGAAUAAAUGAUUGUAGCUUUUAGGAGAAAGAAGGAUCAUGGAGAUAAUUAGAGUGUACUUACCAAAGAAGUGGGCAGUAUUAUCACCUCUGAACAUAUCUUAGGAAAAUAGAGAUUUUAAACCUGCCUCCCCCUUUUUCCUGCAUUUUGGCACUGGUUCUAUACUUUUUGUAGUAUUGUCGAGGCCUCCCCUAAUCUAGGAACAUCUUCUAUGAGUGGGUGAAAUUGAAAGGUGCCCUUUGUAUAACGUCAGUAGACCUUCUAGAAUGGGGGCCAUGUUUUAUUAACGUUUAUCUGCAGGUCAGUACCUACUAGAACAUAGCAUGAAUGGAAUGAAUGAAUGAAUGGAUGGAUGGAUGGCAUAGAGGGAUAGGAAGAGUAGAGAGAGGAGUUCAUAUGCAGAGCAGCUUCCUCAUGUAGGGUAUGGGGUGAUAAUGCUCCAAAGAUGGUUAGAGAUCCUUGUACGCUUGUUGAAUUAACAAGUAGUCAGGGGCUACUCCUCUUUCCAUUGAAGGAGUGAGAGAAGACACUAUGUGUUCCUGACUUCUGUUUUUUGUUUGUUUUUAAAAAUUACACAAAUAAUACAUAUUCAUUGUAGACACAUUAGAAUAUUCAAAUAAGCAAAAACAAACAAAAUUUAAAUUGUCUAAAAUUCUACCACCCAGAGAUAGCCACUGUUAACAUUUUGGUGUAUAUCCUUCCAGAGUUUUUCCCAUACAAAUAUAUACAUUGAAACAUGUAUAUAUUUAUUUAAAAUGGGAUCAUUACAAUCCAUAUUGUUUUGUAAACUGCUUUUUCACUUAUUACAUGUGACUGUCUUUCCAUGUCAAUAAAUUUACAUCUUUAUCAUCAUUUUUAAUGACCGUAUAAUAUUGCAUCAUAUGGAUGUACAAUAAUAUAUUUAACUAGUUCUCUAUUGUUAGGAAUAUAGGUUUCCAAUUUGGAGUUCUUUUUGGGGAAAAAAAUUACGGUGAGCUUUCUUGUCUGUACAUCUUUGUACACUUGUCCAUUUUUUUAAGAAAAGUAGAAUUGAUGGGACGUUUCAAAAUUUUAUUGUGGUGUUUUUAUUCUUAAACACUGACUCAAAUUACCUCUGAAAGGUUGUGCUGAUUUACACUUUCUCCAGCAGUGUAUCCAGAGUGCUCUUUCCCUCAUACCCAAUUAGCACUGAGUGUUUUUUUGUUUGUUUGUUUGUUUUGGUUUGUUUUUGUUUUUUAUAAAUCAUUAUCAAUUUGAAAGGCAAAAGGUAUCUUUGGGUUAAAUGCAUUUCUUUGAUGAGUACUAAGGCUGAACUCUUUUUUCCCUUAUUGCUCAUUUCUGUUGAGGUUCAUCGUUUUUUCUUACAGAAUGGACAGCAAAUUAUGGAUGAACCUAUGGGAGAGGAGGAGAUUAAUCCACAAACUGAGGAAGGCAGUAUCAAAGAAAUUGCAAUCACACAUCAUGUAAAGGAGGGACAUGAAAAGGCAGAUCCUUCCCAGUUUGAACUUUUAAAAGUAUUAGGGCAGGGAUCAUUUGGAAAGGUUUUCUUAGUUAAAAAAAUCUCAGGCUCUGAUGCUAGACAGCUUUAUGCCAUGAAGGUAUUAAAGAAGGCCACACUGAAAGUUCGAGACCGUGUUCGGACAAAAAUGGAACGUGAUAUCUUGGUAGAAGUUAAUCAUCCUUUUAUUGUCAAGUUGCAUUAUGCUUUUCAAACUGAAGGGAAGUUGUAUCUUAUUUUGGAUUUUCUCAGGGGAGGAGAUUUGUUUACACGCUUAUCCAAAGAGGUGAUGUUCACAGAAGAAGAUGUCAAAUUCUACUUGGCUGAACUUGCACUUGCAUUAGACCACCUACAUAGCCUGGGAAUAAUCUAUAGAGACUUAAAACCAGAAAACAUACUUCUUGACGAAGAAGGUCACAUCAAGUUAACAGAUUUUGGCCUAAGUAAAGAGUCUAUUGACCAUGAAAAGAAGGCAUAUUCUUUUUGUGGAACUGUGGAAUAUAUGGCUCCAGAAGUAGUUAAUCGUCGAGGUCAUACUCAGAGUGCUGACUGGUGGUCUUUUGGUGUGUUAAUGUUUGAGAUGCUCACUGGUACACUACCUUUCCAAGGAAAAGAUCGAAAAGAAACAAUGACUAUGAUUCUUAAAGCCAAACUUGGGAUGCCACAGUUUUUGAGUCCUGAAGCCCAGAGUCUUUUACGAAUGCUUUUCAAACGAAAUCCUGCAAACAGAUUAGGUGCAGGACCAGAUGGAGUUGAAGAAAUCAAAAGACAUUCAUUUUUCUCAACAAUAGACUGGAAUAAACUGUAUAGAAGAGAAAUUCAUCCACCUUUUAAACCUGCAACUGGCAGGCCUGAAGAUACAUUCUAUUUUGAUCCUGAGUUUACUGCAAAAACUCCCAAAGAUUCACCUGGCAUUCCACCUAGUGCUAAUGCACAUCAGCUUUUUCGGGGGUUUAGUUUUGUUGCUAUUACCUCAGAUGAUGAAAGCCAAGCUAUGCAGACAGUUGGUGUACAUUCAAUUGUUCAGCAGUUGCACAGGAACAGUAUUCAGUUUACUGAUGGAUAUGAAGUAAAAGAAGAUAUUGGAGUUGGCUCCUACUCUGUUUGCAAGAGAUGUAUACAUAAAGCCACAAACAUGGAGUUUGCAGUGAAGAUUAUUGAUAAAAGCAAGAGAGACCCAACAGAAGAAAUUGAAAUUCUUCUUCGUUAUGGACAGCAUCCAAACAUUAUUACUCUAAAGGAUGUAUAUGAUGAUGGAAAAUAUGUGUAUGUAGUAACAGAACUUAUGAAAGGGGGUGAAUUACUGGAUAAAAUUCUGAGACAGAAGUUUUUCUCUGAACGAGAGGCCAGUGCUGUCCUGUUCACUAUAACCAAAACUGUUGAAUAUCUUCAUGCACAAGGGGUGGUUCACAGAGACUUGAAACCUAGCAACAUUCUUUAUGUGGAUGAAUCCGGUAAUCCAGAAUCUAUUCGAAUUUGUGAUUUUGGCUUUGCAAAACAGCUGAGAGCAGAAAACGGUCUUCUCAUGACUCCUUGUUAUACUGCAAAUUUUGUUGCACCAGAGGUUUUGAAGCGACAAGGCUAUGAUGCUGCUUGUGAUAUAUGGAGUCUUGGUGUCCUCCUCUAUACAAUGCUUACUGGUUACACUCCAUUUGCAAAUGGUCCUGAUGAUACACCAGAGGAAAUAUUGGCACGAAUAGGUAGUGGAAAAUUCUCACUCAGUGGUGGUUACUGGAAUUCUGUUUCAGACACAGCAAAGGACCUGGUCUCAAAGAUGCUUCAUGUAGACCCUCAUCAGAGACUGACUGCUGCUCUUGUGCUCAGACAUCCUUGGAUUGUCCACUGGGACCAACUGCCGCAAUACCAACUAAACAGGCAGGACGCACCGCAUCUAGUAAAGGGUGCCAUGGCAGCUACAUAUUCUGCUUUAAACCGUAAUCAGUCACCAGUUUUGGAACCAGUAGGCCGCUCUACUCUUGCUCAGCGGAGAGGUAUUAAAAAAAUCACCUCUACAGCCCUGUGAAGUGACCUCAGUGAGAUACUUGGUACCAUGGUGUAAGCUGAUAGCACAAGUUCUGGUGACAGGUAGCACAUAUCUGAGAGACACCUGCAAGCACACACUGUCCCAGCUGGUACCCAUAAUGCUGCUGCUCCUGCUGCUGCUCCUGCUUUCGUCUCUUCUCGCUUUAAAUGAUUGUUAGCAAGUUAGAUUUUCCUGGAGCUUCGGAUGAAAUGAAAAUGGAAACAUGAUGAAGAUAUAUUCACUGAAUCAACAAGAAAAAUAAUGAACAUAUGAAUACCACCUAAAAAUACACUGAAUAAAGUACUCUACACCAUAUAGCAUUAUUUUUAUAGGAAAUAUUUCAUGUCCCUUAAAUAUUCUUUGUUAGUUAUAGGGAUGGACAGUUUAUGUUAAGCACUUAGCUUAAACAAUCCGUUUAUAUUAGCACUGUAUCCCUUGUGCCAUCCAACAUUUUGUAUGUUUUUGUAAACAGUUCAUAUACAGUACAUUUCUGUACUGCUUUCUUUAAUGUAUACAUGCCUUGUUUAACUUGGAAUCUAUUAUUAUUAAUCAAUUGACUAUUAAAUCUGGUUAAAUAGUUCACUUGGAUUAACAGUAUUGUUGGACAGCCCUAAAAAUGGCCAGAUUGUGGAACAGCUGUUGAAUGUAAUUCUUUCAAAAUGUACAUAUCUUUCCCCAUGUCUGUUUCGCUGGAUCGUUCAUUUGUUUCUUAAAGUCAGGUGCUCUGUCAGACUAACCUAGAGAGCUGUUAUGAUAAAGAAAGUGAUACGUGUAUGGCGUGAAAUCAAGAAUACACCUAUGAAGUUACUCCAUAUACUUUGCAACUCCUUAGGGUUCUUUUUUCCUGAAUUAAGGAAGUAGUCCUUGCAUUUUCAAUCUUGCAUAGCAUCCAUAUUUAGUAUUUGGCAUAUCAUUUGGGAUUUUGCCAAUAUACAUCAAAGGCCUUUAAGAGUCAUGGUAAAGAGAUUGGUGAAGGAAAACUUAGCAACAGGUAGUUGAAGUCCUAUUGGAUAUUUCAUGUUUAAAUAGAUAUUCUAUAUUAAACACUAAUUUGAAUGUAAUAAAGGCCACAGGCCUCUAUAUGAAAUUGGAUUUAAAAGUUCUUGUUCUAGGGAAUAAAACAUUCUUCUCAAACAAUAUCUGUUCUAACCUGAAAUCAUAGCUAAGGUAGGCUAAGUGAACGUUCAGCAUUGAGUGUUUUCUGAAUCCCUCAUGAUUUAUAGCCAUAUAGUACUUCCUUUGACUGCAGAAAUGAUCAGUUUUCAUAAUGGACACUGGGUCUGCUUAGAUUGCAGUAUUCAUUAUCUACAUCUAAUUUGGUAGUUUCCCCAAUUUUAUUUGAUGAAAGAAACUUCUGUACCCAUUAUUAUCUAUAUCUUUGCCAAGCUACCUAGCAUACGUCAAUAUGUAAUAUAAAAGACAUGAGUAAGGAAAAAGUGGUUUAACUUACCUCAUCAAGAAUGUGCCCAAACAGAUCUUUGUUAGUCAUAUACUAAGCCAUUUAUAUCAGAAAUCUUUUUUCCUGCCAGAAAAAUUUUCCCCUAUGAGUAUGAAGCCAAGAGAGUGUGGUUUAUCUAAAUGUCUUGAAAGUCACAUGUCAUUCUUUAAUUUCUGCUCUAUGCAAUUAAAGAGAAACGGGAAAUCUAUAACAUUCCUUUUGCCCAAGUAACAGAAAAUGUUGAUUGCAUAGACAUCAAAUGUAAAUUUAUCUUCUAAAUGAAAAAUAUAUAGAAGAGAUAUCCGAAGAUCUAGAUAGAGGAAGCUUUUUAAAGUUCUUGAGUAUAUGGAUACUAUUAAAAACUGCUUUCCAUUGCCAGGAAAGAAAGCUUUUUUUCCUCCUCUGUUCAGUGUUUCAAAGCAUGGGCAUCCCCAAUUCUUGUCACUUUUAAAAUGUAACGUAACUCUUAGCAGGAAAAAAAUAUUUAUUUUCAGAUUUUUGACACUGAUGCUACUCCGUAUUGCUUAGGUAUAUUGUCCAUCAUAGUCUUUGGAACGAGAAGUAAAUAUAUAAAUCCUUAUAAAUUACCUGGUCCAGCUUUCUCAUAUUGCAUGUAAAGAACUCAAGACCCAAAUCAAAGUCUAGAAUCCUUAACUUCUCAUGUAGGGUUUUUUUUUUUUUCUUUCUCAUAACACCAUGCUGCCUUUCCUUCAUAUUAUCACCUGACUAGUGGCUUAGUUCAAAAACUACAUAUUUCUUGGGGCAGUCCUCUACUGUAUAUAAUGCCAAGUUUCUUUCCUUCAAAAAUAAUUGCUGCCUUUGCCUAGUCAAGCUGCCAGUUUUGUUGGAGAAGAGCAAGAUAGAUAUUCACAAAACUGAAGGCAUGCUACCUAAAAAGCAGUUAUGAGCAUAAUUUCAUCUGUAGUCCUGGUGUUCUCAUUGCUUUCAACAUACAGUGGACAAACUUGACCAACAAUGUGCUCUAAAUGUAGUACUUGUGCUGGAUUAACCUCUCAAAGUCCAGUUCUUCCAGGCCUCUACAAUUGUGGUAUUGAGGCCUCUGAAGGCUUCUGCCUUUCACCAGUUAGUGCUGCCAGUUACUGGGGCUUCUCCUAAGUAAGAGGUGUCAAUCCAGUCUUAAAGAUACUUCACUGUGAAAGAAGGAACUAAACUAUCAGGCCUCCUCUUAGUUUAUAAUCCAAAGUAAUAUCCAAAAUGAUAGAUUGAAUUUAACAUUGCCAAGCACAUACUGGAAAGUAUGAAUUACACUACCAUGUGUUUUGUUAUCUUCCCUUUCGAGUGACAAUGUUAAGGUAAGUUUUUUGCCCUUUUUUAUUUUUGCUUUUUAUAAAUCAUUUCAGCUCCUCUGGUUUAUGGAGAUGUCUUCUAAGUACAGUAGACCCUUGACUUUAAUAGAUUUGACAUGGAUGCAUUUAUUCACAAGGAACCCCAAAAGUUCAAAAAUGUAAUAAUUUCAACAAGGCACAAAGUCAAGAUGCUGUGAGGCUGGUGUGUGGGAAAAGUCACUUGUGAGUGUCUGGAGAGAGAGAGUGGUGUGUGUGUGUGUGUGUGUGUGUGUGUGUGUGUGUGUGUGUGGUGGAGUUUCCAUAUUUCACAUGCAGUGCGCUCCAAAGAGCGGGUUUGGGUCAAUCAUUUCCCAUCUAGUUUUAAGAAGUGGCUGCUAUUGGGGCCAGGGGACAUCAUGGAAGGUGGGGCUGUCCAGUUAGCUGUGCCCUGCACCCUCAGCCCAGGAAAGAUUUGAACAGAGCAGGUCGGUGCAAAGGCUUCAGGAGAAGGCAGAAUGUGUUUGAUAGGAAAAGGACUGGGGUAGGCCCAGCCUGGGAUGAGAGUUAGCAGAAAAACAUUCAAGAUUUGGGGGCCUUGGUACAGAUGUGCUUAAUCACCAUGAAGGCCAGUAAUACACAUCUCAAUGUGGCUUUGACGAUCUCUAUUUCCUGGCCUUUAUAAAUGACCUAAAAUUUUUCAACUUGCUUUACUGUGUUUUACAGAGAAAAUUCUACCUUACGAUGUGGUAUUGAACAUUUGAGACUUAGGGCAUUAGGACAGAUAGCUCAGGAAUGUAAAGGUUCAGAAAGAGUCUAUUUUCUCUGAUUAACAAAUACUAUGGAUUCCAUGGCUGACCUUGGUGCUUAAACCAGGAGGUUCCAAUCUAGUCCUAGAGUUCUGUCCCUCUGAAAGGCCCAAAUCCAUGUGACUAACUUUAAACUGGAUAUAUACUUUGAGCCUUAUUUAAUCCACAGAUAAGUUGACUUAGUAUUUUUAUGUCAGUUAAUGAAAAUAGUCCUCUUUUCAACCCCAGGUUGCUUACAUAUUGCUGGUCUCCCCAAGUGACCAUUGGUGGAGACCAAUUAAUGAAGGAAUGAAAUUCACUUUCUUGGGACUGUGGUAUACUACAGAGCCACACUUAACCACUUUUUUCAAUGAAGAAUCUACAGAAUGAUAAUACCCAAAUAUGGAUGGCCAAGAAGAAUUUGUGUCUACAGUGUGCUUUAUGUGUUUUUGACACUGCUGUAUUCUGUGUGAUCAAAUGACUUGUAACUGGUUCCAAUGUGACUGAGUGUUCUCAAAGAAUUCUAGUAACUAAGUCAACUUAAUUUUCUUAAGCCUGAUAUUACUAUCAGUCUCACAUUUACCACUUUGAUUCCAGUCUUUUAACUGUUCAUAACAGGGCAUACCAAGGGUUGGGAUGAGAGCCUACUUCCUACCUCUUAAGGCACUUUCCUCAUUAUUUUGCCAUAUAACCUUGAACUGCAUGAUAAGCUGUUUAAUUGUCCAUGACUUCUCCCAGAGCAACUAGCAAAGUAUAUGACAUUUUGAAUAGAGAUUAGUGGAAAGGAAAAUUUAGAGAUUUAAGUUCAGAGGUGCAGACCUCAAGAAAACCUCUGUAGAGCACAUAUCAUGAGUACAGUAUAUGUAAACGUAUAUGAGAAGAGAGUCGCUAUAAUAGUCCUCUCUAAGUAGAUUAGUUCAAUAUCUAAUGGAAGUGAACAUCUUUACUCAUAUUAUCACUAUAGUACUGAAUGAACUGUAUACUGAGUCUUUAAAACAAGUAUUUAAAAUAGAACUUUUAAAUACAAAGCAAGGGCAUAAGGAUAAGGAUUUUAGUUUGUGUUUUUGUAAGUGUAGUUUACCAUCUAAAGCUUUGUUUUUUAAUUUAAAAAAAAAGCUUCAAGGUAUUGCCAUUCCUUAGCAUUCUUAAUGAUUAUGGGUGAUGAGUUUUUAACUCUUAAAAUUAUAUAUGUGGAUUAGUUUAUCUUAACUGUUGCCCCAAACAAAAGGGAAAGUAUAUACCUAAGGGAUGUAAUUAUUUUACAUUUUGGCCAUGGGUGGGAAUGGGGUGGGUAUCUACAAACAGUUUUUAAAAAAGAAAAAAAUCACAAAUAUUUUUCUACUGUUAUAUAUGAUCUUACUUUAUACUAGUUUCUCUCUAGUAAGGCAUGCCAGAAGCCCAAGGUACCAUAUCAUGUGUUCUUACAUAUUGUACCUUUUAUUGUUGGUUAAAUCGCAUCAGAUGCUUGGCACUGCUGCCAUAAUUAUGAAAUGCUUGUAAAGGAUCAAAUAUCACUGAAUACUUUAAAUUGUUUUACUUAAGAGUCUAAUCUGGGAAGUUUUCGAAUCAUACUAUUAAUGUGUAAUCUAAGCUCUUUCAGAUGUAUCCAUGAAUAAUCCUGGAACAAUAUUGCUUGUAUUCCUGUCAUAGAACAGGUUUUGUAAUCUUUAAAAGAAAUGAAAAUUUAUAUAAUAAAGUUUCAAA